AUGCAGCACAAGGUCCUUGCCACUCUGCUCUUCGCCACGGCAGCCCUCGCUGUCCCGGCUUCUGAUGCCACCAUCACCCCCGACGACUUGCUGGAUUACGUCGACCUGCCUAUCGAGACUGAAACAAUCCCCAGCGACAUCCUUUCCGUCAUCGAGACCGCUAUUCCCAGCACCUGGUACCAGGCUCUCGAAACCGACUCGGCCUUCCAGUCCUCCGUGCUCAACGACCUCCUCCACAGCACCUACCCGGCCUGGUAUAACAGUCUGCCCGACAGCGUCAAGUCAUGGGCCACUGCUGAGGGUGAGGCCGAAGUCUCGGCCCUUUCCAGCUACUUCAGUGCCGUCCCUACCGUUACACCCACUUCGGGCUCCAACUCUGCUGGAAGCAGAUCUCAUUCCUCCUCUACUCCUCUCUCUACCAGCGCCAGCUCGACUACUGCCUCGACCCCUCUGACUUUGACCUCCACUGCUACCCAGACCAAGUCUGCCACCAGCAGCGGCUCUUCUUCAACCUCUGCAUCGGGCUCUGGAACUUCUUCCUCCACUGGUGGUGCCCCCGCUGCUACCGGUGGCCUUGCUAUCAGCCUGGCUGGCGCUGCUGGUGUUCUGGGUCUUGCGCUUGCUCUGUAA